UGGAGUUCCAUGGCGUGAUGCGGUUUUACUUCCAGGACCGCGUGGCCGGAAACUUUGCCACAAAAUGCAUCCGCGUGUCCAGCACAGCCACGACACAAGACGUCAUCGAGACGUUAGCUGAGAAGUUUAGACCAGACAUGAGAAUGCUGUCUUCACCUAAAUACUCCCUGUACGAGGUCCACGUCAGCGGAGAGCGGCAGCUGGACUUGGACGAGAAGCCUUUAGUAGUUCAACUAAACUGGAACAAAGACGACAGAGAAGGACGCUUUGUACUGAAAAAUGAAAACGACAUUUUACCCAAGAAGAGUCAGAGCAACGGGCCAGACAAAGAGAAGGACGGAGUGAUCCAGAAUUUCAAGAGAACUUUAUCCAAGAAGGAGAAGAAGAAGGAGAAAAAGAGGGAGAAGGAGUUUGCCCGCAUCCCAGACGGAGAUGACCAAAGUCUGAGCCGGGAGGACGGGGAGAACAGUCGUCUGGCAGCAGAAGUGUACAAAGACAUGCCAGAGACCAGCUUCACCAGGACCAUCUCCAACCCGGAGGUGGUGAUGAAGAGGAGGAGGCAGCAGAAACUGGAGAAACGCAUGCAGGAGUUUAUGAGCAGUGAUGGCAGACCAGACUCGGGAGGCACAUUACGAAUAUACGCAGACAGCCUAAAGCCCAACAUCCCGUACAAGACCAUUCUGCUCUCCACCAGGGACACAGCGGACUUCGCUGUGGUGGAGGCGCUAGAGAAGUAUGGCCUUGAGAAGGAGAACCCCCGAGAAUACUGCAUAGCAAGGCAAGACGACAAGUCAGGUAAAGAGGUGAUCCUUGAUGACAGCGAAUGCCCGCUACAGAUCUUCAGGGACUGGCCCGCAGACAGAGGUGCACUAGUAUUUCAACUUAAAAAGCGACCUCCAGAUUAUCCAGGCCGGAAAGGGAGGAAAGUGGACGAAAAGGGCUUAAGGAAGGAUGGAUCUCUGCCACCUGAGAAACUGCCUUAUCUAGUAGAACUGAGCCCAGAUGGUUCCGAUUCGCGGGACAAACCAAAGCUCUACAGACUCCAACACAGCAUCACCGAAGUGGGCUCUGACUGCACAGACGAUGGGGCCAUACAGCUGCUGGGCCCGGGCAUCCUCCCUCACCACUGUAACCUCAUGCACAGUGAGGGCAUGGUCACUGUAACGCCCCACGGCCCAGACGCAGACACGUUUGUGGAUGGACAGCGUAUCACCGAGACAACCGUGCUGCGCUCAGGAUCCACCAUUCAGUUUGGCUCCGCACACGUCUUCAAGUUUGUGGACCCCAUGUUCGACCAAGGAGGGAAAGGCCAAACAGCGGCUAUGAUGAGAGGAAGGCACAAGUCUGGAAGUGUCCCAGAGACUACCUUUGACCUUCACGGAGACGUCCACAGUGGAGCACCACUGCCAACAAGCAAGAGCUCAGGAAAACUGGAUAUGGAGCGGGGCAUGGUGAAGCCGAUGAUCCGUGCGGAGCAGCAGGAUGCCAGGUCUCAGGACGCUCAGGGGGACAGGCCAGAGAUGACUCUACCGGCCAGCAUCGAGUUCAGAGACAACUCUGAAGACACAUUCUUAUCGGCCAUCAUCAACUACACCAACAGCUCCACAGUGCACUUCAAACUGUCCCCCACCUACGUCCUUUACAUGGCCUGCCGCUUCGUCCUGUCCCCGUCCUACCGGCCCGAUAUGUCCCCCUCCGAACGCACCCACAAGGUCAUCGCCAUCGUCAACAAGAUGGUGAGCAUGAUGGAGGGAGUCAUACAGGAGAUUCCUGAAGGGGACCAGAAGCAGAAGAACAUCGCGGGGGCUCUGGCGUUUUGGAUGGCCAACGCCUCGGAGCUGCUCAACUUCAUCAAACAGGACCGAGACCUCAGCCGGAUCACACUGGACGCUCAGGACAUCCUCGCACACCUCGUCCAGAUGGCCUUCAAGUACUUGGUUCACUGUCUACAAGCUGAUUUGAAUAACUACAUGCCUGCCUUCCUGGAUGACCCAGAGGAGCAUAAUCCACAGAGACCCAAAAUAGAGGACGUUCUGCACACGCUCACAGGGGCCAUGUCUUUGCUGCGGCGCUGUCGGGUGAAUGCGGCUCUGACCAUCCAGCUCUUUUCUCAGCUCUUCCAUUUUGUCAACAUGUGGCUCUUUAACAAACUGGUGACAGACAGUGACUCAGGGCUCUGCUGUCACUACUGGGGAGCCAUCCUCCGACAGCAGCUCAGCCACAUCGAGGCCUGGGCUGAGAAGCAGGGGCUGGAGCUGGCCGCGGACUGCCACCUCAGCAGAAUAGUGCAGGCCACCACACUGCUCACCAUGGACAAGUACUCGAUGCAGGACGUCCAGAACAUCCACAACACCUUCAAACUCAACUCCCUGCAGCUGCACGCACUCAUGAGCAACUACCACUGCGCCCCUGACGAGCCCUACAUCCCCCCUGAGCUGAUUGACCAUGUGGUGGCAGUAGCGGAGAACACAGCCGAUGAACUGGCCCGCAGCGAUGGACGAGAGGUGCAGCUGGAGGAGGAUCCAGACCUACAGCUGCCCUUCCUGCUCCCUGAGGAUGGCUACUCCUGUGACGUGGUGCGCAGUAUUCCCAACGGACUGCAGGACUUCCUCGAGCCACUGCUACAGAGAGGUUUUUGUCGGUUGACGCCACACCCCCGCUCGCCCGGCACUUGGACCGUCCACUUUGAAGGAGCAGACUGCGACAGCCACUUCUCCACAGCAGACAGCUCUGAGCCAAUGAGGAAGGAGCCGGAGGUCGUCACGGUGACCCUGAAGAAGCACAAUGGCAUGGGCCUCAGCAUCGUGGCUGCCAAGGGUGCUGGUCAGGAGAAACUGGGGAUCUACAUCAAGUCCGUGGUCAAAGGAGGAGCGGCCGAUAUGGACGGCCGGUUGGCAGCAGGUGACCAACUGCUGAGCGUUGACGGACGCAGUCUCGUUGGUCUCUCCCAAGAAAGGGCGGCAGAGCUGAUGACCAGGACCGGUUCAGUGGUGACCCUGGAAGUGGCCAAACAAGGAGCCAUUUACCACGGACUGGCCACUCUGCUCAACCAGCCCAGCCCAAUGAUGCAGAGAGCAUCAGACCGAGGGCGUGAGAAAAAUGGUAAAAUGCGACCAAAGAGUGAAGGGUUUGAGUUGUACAAUAACUCGGUGCAGAACGGGUCUCCAGAGAGCCCCCAGGGAGCCUGGGACUCGUACCCAGAACCAAAGAAGAUGAGCGGGGAGGAACGUCUGCUCAAAAACCGGGCCGACCACCGCUCCAGCCCCAACGUGGCCAACCAGGGCCAGAGUCCUGCAGGCAAAGCUGUUUACCCAGGAGGACCUGGCACUAAGAUCACGUCUGUGUCCACUGGAAACCUGUGUGCAGACGAUGAGCCUUCACCACCCCGUCCUGAGGCGUACCCCAUCCCCACACAGACCUAUCCCAGAGAAUACUUCACCAUCCCAGCCUCCAAAAGCCAGGACCGGGUGGUACCUCCAGGACAAGGGCCUCCACAGCACUGGCAAGGCAUGGACGACAGGGAAAGACUGCCUAUGGGAGACAAUAUACACAACAGUAUGCAGCGGGUGAACCACUCACAGGAGGACCUGUACCCCCCACCAGGAGGCAUGAGACCAGACAUGCAGCCACACUAUCACCAGGACUACCCUCACAUGGACUACCAGCACAGGGAAAUGGAUUACCAGAGACCGCCCCCUGGAGGAGGCCCUGAAAUGUGGGCGCCCCAACCCCAAAUCCCCUCUUCAUUAGAAUCGUCCACUUCCAGUCAGGAGCACCUCAACUUUUCCGCUGCGUCUAGUUCCUCAAAUAAAAGUGGCAAUCAGAAAACGGGCCCAGGCCGAUGGAAAACUCCCAACACGCCUCACGCCGUACCACCGCACCCCGCUCAGCCCCCGUCCCGCUCAGACCUGCCCCCUCCACCUCCCCCUCCUCCCACAGCCUACCCCGACCCCUUUGACCCCUACGAGCCCCAGAACGAGCUCCCUCUGCCCCCUCCACCCAGCGGCGUUGGGUCUGUGACAGCCCAACAGGCAGCAGACAGAAAGAAGCGAGAGGAGCAGCAGAGGUGGUACGAGAAGGAGAAGGCCAGACUAGAGGAGGAGAGGGAGAGAAAGAGACGGGAGCAGGAGAGGAAGCUGGUUCAGAUCCGGGCCAAUCCGGUGAUGCCCGUCCAGCCGCACAACAAUGGCGGCUCUAUGCCCCUCCCUCACCACCAGCCCCCCAUAGCCUCUGUGGCCCCGCCCCAGCCCUAUCUGCCUCCACAACCCCAGCCGCCUCCCCCAGCCCGGCCAGAGAAACUUUCCAGUCUGCCGCGGUCAGCUGUCCCUCCACCUGCCUCUGGCCCCAAUCCUGGUAACGGCAUGGACACAGUGAUCCGAGAGCUCCUCCCGCAACAGCAGCCUCGCACCAUCGAGCGGAGGGACCUGCAGUAUAUCACCAUCAGUAAAGAGGAGCUGUCCAGUGACAGUCUGUCUCCUGACCCCUGGAAGAGGGAUGCCCGUGAGAAGGCCGAAAAACAACAGCAACUGCACAUUGUCGACCUGCUGGACAAGGAGAUCCAGGAGCUACAGGCCAAACCCGAGCGGACGGCGGAGGAGAGCGACCGCCUGAGGAAGCUGAUGCUGGAAUGGCAGUUCCAGAAGCGUCUGCAGGAAUCCAAACAGAGCGACGAAGAUGAGGAAGAGGAGGACGAUGAAGACGUGGACACAAUGCUGAUUAUGCAGAGACUAGAGGCUGAGAAGAGAGCCAGGUUGCAGGACGAGGAGCGGAGACGUAAGCAGCAGCUGGAGGAGAUCCGUAAACGAGAGGCAGAGGAGCGGGCCAAACAGGAGGAAGAGCGGCGGUGGAGAGAGGAGGAGAGGAACAAAAGGGAGGCGGACGAAAAGAGGAGGCAGGAGGAGGAGUACUACGCUCGGUUGGAGGCGGAGCGUCGGCGGCAGCACGAUGAGGCCCAGAGAAAGCUGCUGACGCCGGACGAGCCGGCCGGUCUGUAUCGGCCCCCGCUGCCCCAGGACUACCAACCCCCCGCCCUCCCGCACAACCCGUCUACUAACACGCCCCCACCCCCCCCACAGAGAAACACCUCCUACCUCAAAACGCAGGUGGCCUCCCCUGACACGCUCUACACCGCCAAAUACGUGUCCAACGCAGACGACGAGGACGAAGACGAAGUCCCUAAUGCAGGAAGCGGCGGCGGCCAAUCAGGUCAGGCCAAGCUGUCGGCGACCAGGAAGUCGUACGGCGACCUCCCGGCCUCCGUCACGCCCAAUCACAACAAGCCUCAGCCGCCGCCCACUGCGCGCAAGCCACGCCCCCUUUCUGAUGGCAUCUUCCUGUCUGGCUCGUUCCAGCCGCCAGUCAACAACUCCAACAGUACAGGCCCCCCCAUUCCUGCCAAACCCAGCUUCAUCCAAUCAGGAGGCCUCAAAGGAUCUAACUCAUACACUGGAAACUCAGCAGGACUUGUAGGAUCAGGAGAUGUCUUUAAGGACAAAUGGACAAAGAGUCAGGAGCAGGAGAACUCGAUCCCCAGCGGUGCCCCGGAGAGCCUGACCUUUAAGGAGCGCCAGCGCCUCUUCUCUCAGGGGAAGGAGGUGUCCAACAAGGUCAAAGCGUCUCGCAAACUGAUGGAGCUGGAGAACGAGCUCAACACCAAGCAGUAGCCCCGCCCACCUGCACUUGGACACGGCCCCUAGUUCCACCUUAAACCAGCCACUACAGCCACUUUGGUUUUUAAGGUGGUCCCAGGACAAUCCACUAGCAUUUUUUUCCACUGGGCGAGCGUCUGUUCUUGUGUUUUUUUUGGCUCUUAUUUUUUUAUUUUAAUCAACGAAUAACUGGACAUUUUGACGUAGCUGUUGUUGCAAUAGAAAGAGACUAAUGGUUUAAAGAGGAUUCCCCUUGUUAUGGUCUGUUGAAGAUACAGUAAUUAUCAAGCACUGUAAAAAAGAAUCUCUAGUGAUAAACUGCAAAUCACAUGACAAAGGGGAUAUAUUUUUGUUCGGUUCUUGGGCAAGGGAUAGAAUAAAAGAGAGGUUUAUUCUUCUUUUAAUUUUUUAAAAGCUUCCAGAAACAAUUUUAGGAUAUUUUAUUUUGUGAAUUUUCUUCUGGUAUCAUUGUUUUUCACUCUUUUUUAAAUUCCACCGGAGAGCUCCAGACCAAUUAUUGUAUUUUUUUUGUUUUUUUAAUUCUCAGUGAGUGAACACACUGCUAUUUCAUUCCGUAGCAUGGUAUUUUGUUUUAGAUUUUCAGUCUAUAAACUGCACAACAUGUAAAUAUCAAGGUCCACACACACUUUUAACUACUGUAGACACUUGAUACAAUUAAUGUUAAUACACGUUUGAAACAGCAAGCCAAACCUGGUCUUCUCCUUUGGAUUUUUAAACCAGAGAAAGAUUUAUUAUUUGUAAUCUUGUGUGAAUUUUCACCUCUGAGUUCCCCUUAACUUACAUUGUGAUUAAUGGUGGGAAACACUAUUGUUUGCUUUAUUUAUUACAAACAUGGAGAAAAAAGCAAACUUGCACAAUUUUAAUUUAAAUGUCCACAAAACCAGUGAUUUAUCAUAAUCCAAACCAUUAUUUGGGACCUCUUGUACUGUGGUAACAAUCUGUGACAUUAUUUUUUGAGUUAGAAACACCAGCUAUGGAGGGAGACUUGUAAAUGGACUGAAGAUGAGGUAAUAGGAUAUAUUUUACAUUGACCACUGCUGCUCUUCUCACACCUCGAUUCCAGUGUCUCCCAUAAAUAAAGAGUAAAAAACACUUGAUGUAUUUCUUCUGCAGUUUGGAGUGAUUCCAGCAGGUUUUUGUAUGGCCACACACAAACUCUACAGACCAACCAUCCAACUCACUGUUCCUUCUUAGGUUUCAAAUGAACUGAAUCAUUUAAAUGGUUUCCAUGUUUAGCCUUUUGUAAAUCAUUAAUAAAUACAGAUUUUUCAACAA